AGUCAGUACCUUUUCACUGCAUAAUUAAAUAGCAAUUCGUUACACAAAAUGAAUCAAAUUUUAAUAUUCAUGUUGAUUUGUGGUAUAACCAAAACGUAUUGCGACGAGGAUAAGACCUACGCAUUCAAAUAUGGUGGUAUGGAGCAGCAAGAUUCCGUAAAAGAAUACUUUGAUAUUGUCAUGGACGAAAUAAAACACAAAGACGGAUCCGAUUCGAUUUUCCUCGUUAAUGGGGAAGUUGAGCAAAAAUUGGACCUGGACGAUGAAUGGAAAUCACGAAUAAUAGUCUAUCGGAGCGACACGGUUGAUGGUGAAUACAGCGAAUACAAGCGAUUUCCCGAAUUCAGCGCCUGCUCAUUUAUGAAAAAAAUUUACAAACCUUUCUUUCAUCCGACUAUGAAAGAUUGCUCGAAUCUACCAGAUCCAGAGACGUGUCCGAUAACUAAGGAACAAUAUAAAAUGACAAAUUGUGAAUUUGAUGCGAAUGUGUUCCGAAAAUUGUCACAACCCGGCUUCUAUAAGAUUACCGCAGACCUACUUAAAAAUGAUGAGGCCGUAACUGGAGUCAUCUUUCGAGGAUCGGUGUACGAGAGGGAAUGAUAAAUUAGAUUGAGGUGAAUUGUUCCAAAUAUUUAAAA